AUGGCCACUUCAGAGCUGAGCUGCCAGGUGUCCGAGGAGAACUGUGAGCGCCGAGAGGCCUUCUGGGCUGAGUGGAAGGAUCUGACACUGUCCACACGGCCUGAGGAGGGUUGCUCCCUGCAUGAGGAAGAUGCCCAGCGGCGGGAGACCUACCACCGGCAGGGGCGGUGCCAGGCACUGGUGCGGCGUUCCCCCUGGCUGGUGAUGCGGAUGGGCAUCCUGGGCCAUGGGCUGCAGGAGUACCAGCUGCCCUACCAGCGGAUGCUGCCGCUGCCCAUCUUCACCCCUGCCAAGGUGGGCGCCACCAAGGAGGAGCACGAGGACACCCCCAUCCAGCUGCGGGAGCUGCUGGCACUGGAAGCAGCCCUGGGUGGCCAGUGCGUGGACCGCCAGGACGUGGCCGAGAUCACCAAGCAGCUGCCCCCUGUGGUGCCUGUCAGCAAGCCCGGCGCCCUGUGCCGCACCCUGUCUCGCUCCAUGUCCCAGGAAGCACAGAGAGGCUGA